AUGAAGUUCACGGAGGGCAUGUGGCUCCUGCGGGAGGGCAUCCGGAUCGAUUGGAUGAGCAACGUCGAGCGAUUGAAUGUGGAUAAGGACACUGUGAAUCUGCUGCUCAAUAAGUUCCAGCGACACCGUGGAGAUACGCUUAAUUCAUCUACUGUCUCCGCACGAGUUACUUCUCCCUUAGAGGGUAUUAUUGGUGUUAAGCUUGUCCAUUGGGCCGGCGGCCUAGACAACGGACCACAUUACGAACUCAACACCUCCGCGGGCCAUACCGAGAUCACGCACGAGAAGGGCAAAAAUUUAAAGUAUACCAGCGGACGAUUGGAAUUGGACAUCAACAUAGCUCCCAACGAACUAGCCUUCACCUUCACCACUGGCGCAGAUGGCCAGGACAAGAGAAAGAAACUUACAGGCCACUCCUUCCGCUCAAUCGGAUACGUCGGCGAUUCCACAACCCCGAAGUCCCAGCUUAGUGACGGUAUCUUCUACGAGCGACAAGGGUACACCCUUGCGGAACUUGAUCUGAGCGUUGGCGAAAAGCUCUAUGGUCUAGGCGAACGAUUUGGUCCUUUCGUGAAAAACGGCCAGAGCGUGAAUAUAUGGAACGAGGACGGCGGAACAUCUUCUGAGCUCGCGUACAAGAAUAUUCCGUUUUAUAUCAGCUCGAACGGGUAUGGAGUCUUUGUCAAUCAUCCUGGCAAGGUCAGUCUUGAGUUGCAGUCUGAGCGCACAACGAGGGUGAACGUUUCGGUUGAGGGGGAGGAGCUAGAGUAUUUUGUUAUUGAAGGGAAGAACCCGAAGGAAAUCUUGAAGCGGUGGACCGACCUUACAGGAAAGCCGGCGCUCGUCCCCGCGUGGAGUUAUGGGUUAUGGCUUACCACAAGCUUCACAACAAACUACUCCGAGCGAACCGUCACCGGCUUCCUAGACGGCUUCAAGGACCGGAAUCUGCCGCUCAGCGUCUUUCAUUUUGACUGCUUCUGGAUGAAGUCCUACCAAUGGUGCGACUUCGAGUUUGACGCCGAUAUGUUCCCCGAUGCGGCCGGGUACCUAGCGCGUUUGAAAGAGCGCGGUCUGAAACUCAGUAUCUGGAUUAAUCCGUAUGUCGGACAGGCGUCGCCGCUGUUUGAGAUUGGAAAGAGGGAGGGGUAUUUUAUUAAGCGCAUCGACGGCUCAGUCUGGCAAUGGGAUCUUUGGCAAGCUGGAAUGGCUGUCGUUGACUUCACAAACCCGGCCGCAUGUUCCUGGUACACCGGUCACCUGAAGCGCCUAAUGGAUCUCGGAAUUGAUACCUUCAAAACCGACUUCGCAGAGCGCAUUCCAUUCAAGAACAUCACGUACCACGAUGGCUCUGAUCCCGCCCGCAUGCACAACUACUAUGCACUUCUAUACAACAAAGUCGUCUAUGAGACCAUGACGUCCAUCUCCGGCAAAUCCAACAGCCUUCUCUUCGCACGGUCUACCUCCGUCGGUGGGCAGAAAUACCCCGUUCAUUGGGGUGGAGACUGCGAAUCCACUUACGAAGCCAUGGCCGAGUCCCUUCGUGGUGGGCUUUCUCUGGGACUAGCGGGGUAUAUAUUCUGGGCAUCGGAUAUCGGUGGGUUUGAGGGGACGCCCCCGCCAGCGCUAUAUAAGCGGUGGGUACAGUUCGGGCUUUUGUCUUCCCACUCACGUCUCCACGGUAGCUCAUCAUUUCGUGUUCCCUGGAUUUAUGGGGAAGACUGCUCGGAUGUGCUGCGGGACUGCGUGAAGCGCAAAAUCAGCUUGACGCCAUAUCUCCUUGCUGAAGCGUUGAACGGACAUAGAUCCGGAACACCGCUAAUGAGGCCCAUGUUCAUGGAAUUCCCGGAAGAUCUGAACACGUACCCGCUUGACACGCAGUAUAUGUUUGGCUCGAAUUUACUGGUUGCGCCAGUGUUUUCGGACGAGGGAAUCGUUACGUUUUAUGUUCCAAGAACGCCGGAGGAGGAAGGAAGAAAGCAGUGGAUCUCCUGGUUCGACCACGGCAAGAAAUACGAAGGUGGACGGUGGUAUACAGAGACACACGGUUUCGAUACCCUGCCAAUCCUCAUUCGUCCUGGCUCUGUGACGCCCAUUAACUACAAGCUUGAGAAGCCGGAGGGAAAUCCGUUGGAUGGGCUGGAGAUCUUGGUGAAUGGAUCUAUCGAUAAGGAGGUGGAAAUUGAGAUUGUGGAUCCCGAGACAACGCAUAAGGUUUUGAAGGUUAUGACUGUUUCGGAGAGAGAGACAGAGAACGGAGUUGAAGUGAUUGCAAGACUUGAUGGGGUUGAUGGUAAUGAGAACAGCGUGAAAGUAAAUUGGGUUGGGCAUGGAGUAACUAAGUGA